AUGGCCAUUGUACUGUAUGCACCUGCAUUGGCAUUAAGUCAAACUACUGGUUUAAAUAUUUGGCUCUCUGUUGUGUCAAUCAGUGUCAUUUGUACAUUCUAUUCUUCUGUGGGCGGUAUGAAAGCAGUCAUUUGGACAGAUGUUCUACAAGCAGUAGUAAUAGUUAUCGGCCUUCUGGCAGUCAUAAUUCAAGGUUUGAUUACAGUCGGUGGUUUUAAACAAACAUUUUCAAUAGCAUCACAAGGUGGCAGAAUUCAAUUUGACAGGAUUAGCUUUGACCCUCGUACUCGUUUUACAGUAUGGUCAUUGGUCAUUGGCGGUUGCUUUAAUUCACUUGCUACAUAUGGAUUUAAUCAAACACAAAUACAACGUUACCUAGCUAUUCGUUCGACACGUGGUGCUAAACAAGCUCUAUUGAUUGAUGCAAUUGGUGGUUCAUUUAUCGUGCUUUUAACGAUUCUUAUUGGAGUUAUUAUGUAUGCAUAUUAUGCCGAUUGUGACCCGUAUACAAAUAAACAAAUCGAACAUAUCGAUCAAAUUCUUCCAUAUUUUGUCAUGGAAGUGUUGGGUGAUAAGAAAGGUUUACCGGGUAUAUUUCUUGCUUGUGUCUUUUCCGGUUCACUAUCGACGAUUUCGUCUGGAUUGAAUAGUUUAACAGCAGUAAUCAUUGAAGAUUUUUAUAAAGGAUUAAUGGGUAGACAAUUGAGCGAUGAACGGCAAGGUUUUAUAGCUAAAAUAUUGUCAGUCGUACUCGGAGCUUGUAUCAUGUUGCUUACCUAUGUGGUUAGCCAUCUUGGAUCGAUUCUUAAUGCAACUUUAUCUCUAUUCGGUGUCCUCGAGGGUCCUAACAUGGGUGUCUUUGUUCUCGGUUUCCUUUUUCCACAAGCGAAUCGACGAGGUGCACUUGUCGGAUUUUUUUCGAGUCUAGCCUUGCAAUUAUGGAUGUUUUUGGGUGCUCAAAUUACACAAAAUCAAAUGGAAAGUGACAGCUUACCAUUGUCGAUAGCUAAUUGUAGUGGUACAAUGAAUAGUACAUUAAUGAAUCGGACAACGACUACAAUGAUAUCCACUUUUUUGAAGCGUGAUCUUCUUAUUGACUUGUAUUCUGUGAGUUAUCUGUGGUAUUCACCGAUCGCAGUCGGUACCGUUGUGCUCGUCGGUAUGACUGUUUCCUAUUUAACUCAUCCACUUCAAUCACAUGAGAUCGAUCCGAAAUUGAUUGUACCAGUGAGUGAUGUUUGCUGCUGUUUUUUACCUAAACGAUGGCGUGAAUGGCUUCAAUGUGGUAUCGAUUAUGAAACCUAUCGAAAGAGACAGAAUGAUAACAAUGAAUUAGAAAUGGUGACUAAUGAUACGCAACGUUCUGGUCGUGAAAGUCCUAUUGUACCGCUUCUCGAUACCAACUCGAAUGUAUUUGUCACAGGCAGAAUUAAACUUCAGGCAAAAUUGAUUUCGCCAACACGCCCGAACAAGAGUUGUAAUUUUGACUAG